AACAUCUUGCAUGCUAACUACGAGAGCGGCAGCUUCUCCCUAUGCGGCGAGCAAUAUGCGUAUAACACUCUUUUCACCUGUUAAAAUGUGAAUAGUGGGUGACAUUGCACUUGAACUGCUUGGCACGUCUUGCAUCUAACCCCCCGCAGCCCCCCUUUUCAUCAGUUUCUUGGAGAGCAAUUGUACCGACCACCUUAAUAAUACCCUUUACUUUGUUUUAUAUUCUGAGUACGACUGUAUGACACUCGCGGCGACAGGAUGCAUGGUCGUAUACGGCUAAUCAAUAUAUUUAUAUUUGGAUCAAAUUGAUAGGCAAUGAGACGGAUUGACUGAAUUUACACACGGACACAUCUUGUGUUUUUGCCGAAAACGAGCUCAGCUUUCUUCCCCGGCUGGCAUCCUAGCUGGCAUUCUUAUCGAGGGCAAAUGGCACUUUGGCCGUUGCUGUGAGCAUUCUUUGUCGCAUUGAUGAAUUGGCUUUGUUCGUGGAAUCUGCACGGCUGCACGUUUCUCUGUGGAAUAACUGAUGAUAAUAACAGUUUAACGAGAUCAAAAGACGACUGAAAGCAAAAGAGAUGACAGUGUUCUCCCAGGAAUCCGGCUGGUCACCAGUCCCCAAACAAGACCCGUCAGCCAACGGGGAUGCGGUCCAGGCCAAAGUUGGAGAGACUUCAAAGGGAAAGAAGUUGAAGAGUCGAGGCACUUGGACUGGGAGACUAGAUUUUGUGCUUGCUCUGAUUGGAUUCUCUGUCGGAUUAGGAAACGUUUGGAGAUUCCCCUACCUCUGUUAUAAAAAUGGAGGAGGUGCUUUCUUGAUCCCAUAUUUUAUUUGUCUAUUCAUCGGAGGGAUCCCUCUUCUGAUUCUGGAGAUUGGUCUUGGUCAGUAUACCAACCAAGGUGGCAUAACAGCAUGGAAUAUCAGUCCAAUAUUCAAAGGCAUUGGUCUAGCCAGUGUGGUGAUACUGCUGUUCCUGAACACCUACUAUAUCAUCAUCAUGGCUUGGUCAUUCUACUAUAUGUUCAUGUCGUUUACAUCUGUACUGCCGUGGUCCCAUUGUGACAAUGUUUGGAAUACACCAUGUUGCUAUGUUCCUGGAGCCAUCAAUGAAACAAAUGAGAUGACCACUCAGUUAAUGACCACUGUGGAUGGAAUGACCACACAGAAUGUGACACAGUGUGCCAAUGAAAGCCUUAGGACAACUGCUACUGUGGAGUUCUGGGAGCGCAAGGUGCUUCAGAUCCAUUUAUCAGAUGGUAUUCAUGAUCUAGGUGGGAUGAAUUGGCAGCUCCUCCUAUGUUUAAUUCUCUCCUGGGUUCUCAUCUAUCUAUGUAUUUGUAAAGGAGUCAAAAGUUCUGGAAAGGUUGUGUACUUCACAGCUACCUUCCCGUAUGUUCUUCUCACCAUUCUACUGAUACGAGCCGUUACAUUAGAUGAUGCCAUUGAUGGUAUUUACUUCUACUUAAAGCCAGAUAUUAGGAGGCUUGGAGAUAGUCAGGUUUGGAUGGAUGCUGCAACACAGAUCUUCUUCUCCUAUUCUAUUGGUCUUGGCACCAUGGCUGCUCUUGGCAGUUAUAAUAAAUUUAAUGUCAAUUUCGUCAGGGAUGCAGUCAUUUUCGCCUGUACAAACAGUGGCACAAGUCUGUACUCUGGUUUUGUGAUUUUCUCCGUUUUGGGCUUCAUGGCUGGCAGGCAGGGGGUUGAAGUUGAGGACGUUGCAACGUCAGGUCCUGGUCUAGUGUUUAUAGCCUAUCCUGAGGGGAUUUCUCAGAUGCCAAUUGCGCCACUUUGGGCCAUUCUGUUCUUCUUCAUGCUCAUUAUUCUUGGAAUUGACAGUCAGUUUGUCGGUGUUGAAGGCUUGGUGACAGCAUUCAUCGAUCUCUUCCCUAACUACUUGCUCAAAGGAAGCAGGCGAGAAUACUUUGCUUUCUUCACAUGUCUAUUUUUCUGCAUAGCGGGUUUACCCAUGGUUACAUAUGGUGGAAUGUAUGUAUUCCAGCUGUUUGAUAACUAUUCAGCCAGUGGCAGUGCUCUUCUCUUUGUGUCAUUCUUUGAGAGUGUUGCAAUUGGCUGGGUGUAUGGUGCGGAUAGGUUUAUAGGCAACUUCCGCACAAUGAAUGACUUCAAAGGGUUAUUUUGCUGUGGCCAAUAUCUGAAGAUAACUUGGCUUAUAACCACUCCAUGCUUUGCUAUGGCAAUUUUCAUCUUCAGUCUUGUGAAAUACACCCCUCUGAAGUACAAUGAUGUAUAUGUGUAUCCAUGGUGGGGAUAUAUGCUAGGAUGGAUGAUGGCUGUAUCAUCUAUGAUCUGCCCUCCAAGUUACUUCUGCUACCAACUUAUCUUUAACAGCAAAGGCUCACUCAAAGAGCGCUGGACUUUGUUGACCACCCCGAGGCUGACCCAUCUGAGAAGUAAUAAUGCCAUAGAGGAAGUCCCUGAUCUGGAGUUGACCAAGGUUGAUGCUCAUGGUGAGAACGGGACCAACCUCCCACCUUCCUAUGAGGAAGUGACAGAGAUGAAUGGUGAUACCAACCUCCAAGAUGUAGACCUUAAUGUAUAAGAUUCUAUAGGUCUCAAGACGCUGGAGUCUGGGAUCUGGGGCAUCCAUUUCAAUGAAUACAAAUCUGGGAAACAAUAAGAGGCAUGUCUUACAAAAUAUGCCAAAGUUGGAAGGCAUUUACAAAAUGUGCAUCAAGUUGUUCCCAUAAAGGGAGUUUCCAACAUGACAAAAAAGACAAAUGUAUUUUUCUCUCUUUCAGAACAAGAUAUUUCAAAUCAACAACCGACUUUUUCAUUCUUUCUUUAGCACCAAAGCAAGAUAUAUGUGUGAUGACACCAUGUAUUUAUUCCAAAAAAGAA